UCCCUCUUCCACUCCCCGUCGUCGUCUCUCUUCAAAACACAGCUGGGAUCAUCUUUUUCUUCCUUAGACCGCACUUUUUCGGCGGAUUACACUCCUCUGCUUCUCUUGCUCUGUCUUUUCUGUGGAGAUGAUUUCAUGAUGUUCUUCCAUUUGCCGUCCUCCUUUUCUUCUUUCAAUCCUUCAAUGGUGGGACAGAUUUUUUGACGUCUGGUUUUUGCUCUUCUGGGUUUCUUGCCAUGUGGGUUUCUCGGGUUUUGGAUUCUUGAUUGAUUGAUGCGUUUACUGGUUCCAAUCGCGGAGUUCUUCUUUGCCUUGUUAUUGGGUUUUGGAUUCUCCCCAUUUUCCUGAUCCCUCGGUUUUCUUCCUUAUUUUAACCCCUCAACUUCCGUUUCCCAUCGAGUUUGCUUCCAUUUCGAAAUGUUCGACAUGUUCUUCAAGCCUAAGUUCUUCACAAAAUGCAAAUCUUGCGUGAAGCUUUUGAAGAUGCGGCUGGAUACAAUCCGGAAGAAGAAGAAUGCGGUUCUCAAGUUUUUGAAGAAUGACAUUGCUGAGCUUCUCAGAAGUGGUCUCGACCAAAACGCCUAUAAUAGGGCUGAAGGGCUUCUUGUUGAGCGGAAUGUAUUGAAAUGUUAUGAUCUGAUUGAUGAGUUUUCUGGGACGAUCUAUAAUCAACUUUCUGUCUUGAGUAAGCAGAGUGAGUGUCCCGACGAAUGCCGAGAAGCAGUCGCGUCGCUGAUUUACGCUGCAGCGAGAUUCGCUGACUUGCCUGAAUUGCGGGAGCUAAGGAGUCUCUUUACUGCGAAAUAUGGAAGAUCCUUUGAACAAUUUACCAACAAAGAGCUCAUCGAGAAGCCGAGUGCGAUGGCAAUGACUAAAGAGGUGAAGCUCCAGCUACUCCAGGAGAUAGCACAGGAAUCAGGCAUUGAAUGGAAUUCCAAGGCUUUGGAACAACAACUGUAUACUCCUCCCCAAAAUACACCUGAUGAGGAGCCAAAUGCAGACAGAAGAAACAAAGCCAAGGUUGUUUCUAUUCCAGUGUUUGAAAGAAAGACGAGCUUGCUUCAAAAAAAGGACAACAGCGACGACGAUUCCAUCUUCGACAGUAGAAGCGAAGACAAUGGAACCGAAACCUCAACAGGAGAUAGCAGUACUGAUCAAGAUGUUCAGAAAGGUGUAUUUGAGGAUGAAGUAGAAGAUCGAAAACCUUUCUACCUUAGAUUUAUCCCACCUCCCUACCUCAAAUCCAAGCCUAGCAAAAAGGAAGCGAGUUUUGAGAAGCCAGCCGUGGAAGAGAAGCCGAAACCCAGAUCUGUGAGGCGAAGAAAUAGUAAACUUGAGCCUACAAGGGACAUCAACAUUGGCAAUGUCGACAACUCCGCGAACGAUGGUACAGAAAAGGCUAGUUCGAGUCGAAACAAAGGAAAAGAAACCAUGAUGGGAGAAGAGAAAGGUGCAGGGGAGGAAGAGAGGAUGUUAGAUGGGCUUUUGAUGCAUUAUAGUAAGAAAAAAUCAACUCAAGAAUCAAACAGAGCAAAAGGCAACCUUAAAUCCCAAAAACACAAAGAACAAGAUGAACCUCAAAGGACCAAAAAUUCAAAAGCUGAGGAGGACCUUUCUGUCCCAGGAAGAUCAGUUUCACUUCCCAGAGACACAAAUGAGCCAAUUGUUCCAAUGAAGAGGCAUACUAGAAACAAUUCCUUUGUGCAUCCUAAGCUCCCGGAUUACGACCAACUCGCAGCUCGGUUUGCAGCUCUCAAAGAGAAGUAAAAGUCAUUGAUAUCGUUCCAGUAUUAUCGAGUAAUUAUUGAAUGUGACUGACACAAGAUGGAAAAGUCUCCUCCUCGGAGAUUCUCUUUUUUAGAAACCGGCCCAAUUGCACACUUGCAAUUCUAUCUAGGAAAUUCUAAUUCUCCCUUGGCAAUGUCUAAAUACUUUAUAGCAUGUAGUGUGCAGUGCUUUACAAGUGCAGUAAAAUUUCUCUAAAAAGUGGUACAUAAUUCACAUUUACAGAUA